AUGAAUUAUGCUAGCCGGGGGGAACAUGAUCCCACGGCGGAACAAAACAACCAACAUAUCAAGGCGUUGUUCCGUGUCCAAUACCAUCGCAUGCCGUAUAAGGCCAUUCCAAGGAUUAUUACUGAAGCUAUUGCAAAACGAGUUGCACAAACUUCCAACUUUUACCCCGCCAAAGGGGGUAUUUUGGCUUAUUACAGUCCUCAUCUGAUUUUGUUGCAACGCCAAGUUGAUUAUUCGAAGGAAUUUGUUGCUGAACUUGGUUCGUAUGUCCAUGGUUAUGGACAUGAUACUCGCAGUGAUCAUCAGUCACACACUAUUGAGGCGAUUUACUUGGGACCAGCCGAUAAGAUGCAACAGGGUCACAAGCUAUAUGAAAUGUAA